AUGGGCUGUUCAGGAAGCAAAGCUAAAAUCCCAAAAUCGGAGUAUUCUAGAAAGAAGAGAGUGACUAAAAAAGCUCCCAGCCAAGCUGUAAAUGAUGGAUUAGGCGAUGAUAGUGAUAAUUCACCAGUAAAGCAUAGGAGAGAUUCGAAUCACUCUGAAGACGUAAAGCAAAAUAAAACCGAACCCCCAGAACUACUCAGCUCUGAAGAUAGCCAGAAGAAGCUUAUUAAGCUGUUGAAAUAAAUACAAUAUUGAAAAUGAUCCCAUUCUAGACAAAAAUUUCUCCCUCUAUUUAGACUUUGAGAGAGACUAUGACGAUGUAGUUGGUUUUGUUGAAGAAGCCCAGGACUGCGCAUUCGAACAUAUCAGGAGGCUAUGCUUACUUGGAUUGUACGAGCUAGGGAUCAAAGAAAUGGAGUUGCUCAACCAAUUAAUCCUCAAUUCUGAUCUGUCUUCACUAAAGUUGCUUUAUAUGCAUGGAGGAUCUGAGAUGGGAACCACAAAAAUAGAAGAGCUUCUUUCUCCACUGUUCAAGAUAACCACAACGCAGGUUUACAUGGAUAGCUUCAAGCUAACAGAGAAGGAUAUGAUGAUAAUCUUCAAGAACUGUAUUAAAGUGAAGGAGCUCUGUUUGGUCAAUUGAAAUGUUUCAAACCUUGGUGAAGAGUUUGAGAUUCCGACAAACCUGAAUUUCAAAAUGGAAUCGCUUGACUUAUAUUGGACUUGCAAUCAAGGUGACGAUGAUUAUCUCGAUAGUCGUAAGACAGAAGUACUUUUUGAAACAAUCAUGAGGUCAAAAUUGAAGAAUACUCUUGAAAGAGUGCAUAUUUGAGAAAAUGAGUUUGAUGAAAUGAAUCUUCAAGAAAUAUUAGAUAACUGCGAACUUGAUUGUGAGGUAAUAGCAGAUGAGAUCACUCCUAAGCCUUUGAAAUAAGCGUUCAUAUUGAAUUCGCUCAUAAAUAAAAUUCUUGCUUCAA